AUUCUAUCAUAAUUCUAUUUCAUAAACAGAUUUUUAUUACUUUCUUGAUCAAUCUUUCAACUAUUGACAUCAUUAUUCGUUGUGGACUUCAAAAUGGACCUAAAUUUUGUGCAAGCUGAUAACAGCAAUCUACCUAAGGUUGACGCAUUAAUGGUAGCAUUUUUCUUCAAAAAUAAUGCGGACUACUAUGCUGCGGAACUCAAACAUGUGAAAACAACAAUGUCUGGAAGGGAGUCCUACGGAGACGAUGCAAUUGGCUAUGUGCAGCUGCACCGGGAGCAUGGACUAUGCACACUUAAGUGCAAAAUGUGCCCAGAGCACAAAGUGAGAUCAAAAGCUUAUAAUGUGACAAUGGUUAUCAACGAAAAUGAAAGCGAGAUAAUAAGUUGUCAGUGCCAUGACUGUGCUGCUUCAGCAGGAGGAUGCAAGCAUGCAGUCGCUUUUUUGAUGUGGGUACAUCGGCGCAGUGAGGAACCUCCAUCUACUUCGGUGGAAUGUUAUUGGAAAAAGCCAACAUUGUCAAGAGUAGGGACUACUCUGAAGUACAUCACUGUGCAGCAGAUGUCGAAAAAGGAAGUACCACACAGACCAAGUACAUCAGCACUUUACACAGACUUUGUUUUGGAAGCCAAAAAAAGAAAACUUCAACACUGCGAAUUGAUAAAAUAUCAGGACGAUUUUAAACACUCAAAUGUUAUGCGGUAUUCGCUGCACUGUUUCAUAAUGGACCAACCACCAAAAAUUCAAGCAGACGUAGACAAUCUUGUAGACAUAAUGAAGACAACAUUCAACAGAGCUGCUAUCAGUGCAAUUGAAGAAGCAACAAGAAUGCAGUACAAGAGCAGCUUGUGGUAUGAGAUGAGAGAAAUGUAA